CUACCAGUACUGCUUCUACUGAAGGCUGAAAGGGAAGACUGUCUCUCCACAGCACAGGGGAUUAAAACUGCUGUGGAUUUCAGUAAUCAAGAGGCACAAUGGACACUGCAGAAUUCAGAAGACGGGGAAAGGAGAUGGUGGACUACAUCGCAGAUUACCUGGAGAAUAUUGAAGGAAGGCAGGUUUAUCCAGAUGUGGUACCAGGUUACCUGAGGAAUCUGAUUCCAGACGCAGCCCCAGAGCAACCAGAGGCAUAUGAAGAGAUAGUUAAGGACAUUGAGAGAGUCAUUAUGCCUGGGGUGACCCACUGGCAAAGCCCAUAUUUCUAUGCCUAUUUUCCAACUGGCAGUUCCUUCCCAGCAAUGCUCGCUGAUAUGCUGUCUGGAGCCAUUGGAUGUAUUGGAUUUUCCUGGGCUGCCAGUCCAGCUUGUACAGAAUUGGAGACUGUGAUGCUUGACUGGCUGGGAAAGAUGUUGAAUUUACCAAAAGAAUUCUUGGCUGGCACUGAAGGACAAGGUGGUGGUGUGAUACAGAGCACUGCAAGUGAGGCUACCUUGGUUGCACUGCUGGCUGCUAGGACAAAGAUCCAGAAGAGAUUGCAGGCUGAGAACCCUGGGCUUGCGGAACCAGAAAUCUUGUCUAAACUGGUAGCCUAUUCCUCUGAUCAGGCUCACUGCUCUGUGGAAAGAGCAGGACUGAUAGGCGGAGUGAAAAUGAAGAAGAUUCCCUCAGACGCCAAAUUUUCUGUUGGAGGGGAAGCUCUGAGGAAAGCAAUUGAAGAAGACAAGGCAGCUGGCCUCAUUCCAUUCUAUUGCUGUGCAACCCUGGGAACAACACCAUCCUGUGCAUUCGAUAACAUAAUGGAAAUAGGCCCUAUCUGUAAUUCUGAGAACAUAUGGAUGCACAUUGAUGCUGCCUAUGCAGGAAGUUCUUUUAUCUGCCCAGAGUUUAGACAUCUUCUUAAUGGAGUGGAGUUUGCAGAUUCAUUCAACUUUAAUCCUCACAAGUGGCUUCUGAUUAACUUUGACUGCUCAGCAAUGUGGGUAAAGAAACGAUCAGAGAUAAUUGGGGCUUUUAAAAUGGAUCCUCUCUAUCUUCAGCACGAUCACCAAGAAUCAGGGUUUGUCACAGACUAUAGGCACUGGCAGAUACCACUGGGCCGGAGGUUUCGCUCUUUGAAGAUGUGGUUUGUUUUUCGGACAUACGGGCUGAAGGGGCUGCAGGAAUACAUUCGAAAGCAUGUGAGCCUUGCCCAUGAGUUUGAAAGCCUGGUACGUCAAGACAAACGCUUUGAGAUCUGUGGGGAUGUGGUCCUGGGACUCGUGUGUUUCAGACUGAAGGGAUCCAAUGCAUUGAAUGAAAAACUCCUUAAAGCAAUAAACAAUGCCAGAAAGAUCCACAUGGUCCCAUGUUACCUGGCAGACAGUUUUGUGCUGCGGUUUGCUGUGUGUGGCCGCACAACAGAGUCUAAGCAUAUCCAGCUUGCCUGGGAGCACAUCAAUGAGUUCGCCACAGAGAUCUUGCAAGAGCUGCAACAGUGAGCACUCCUGGGAUGCCAUCACGUCAUGGAUUUUUCUGAUAAAAUCUAUGUGAUUUUCUUCAAAUCCUUAAUAUAUCUUGAAAAAUCAUUGAUUUGUUUUACAGGUGUGUGGAAUAUGUGUAAGUUAUUUAAAGUGUAUAUUUGCGUGUAUGGGGUAUGUUGGGAGGACAGGCAAUUGUACAUCGUUACAGCCUUUUUCAUUUAUUUCAUUGUUAUUCAGUUAUUACCAUGUUAUUACAUGGUUAUGUGCAUAUACUUUCUGUUUAGAAAGACAAAUAGCAAAAAAACUAUGUGAAUUACUAUUAUUAUUAACAGUAGUUUAUUAAUUUGUUUAACACAUUGUUUGGUUGGUAGAUUAGUAACAAAAUGACUCCCAGCACAAUAAGUAUUUCUAUACAAUAAGUAAUUUAAAAAAUGGUUUUAGAAAAACAAAACCUGAUUACUUUACUUUCUCUCUCUCUGUCCAGUUACUGCUACAGGGGGCUGCCAUUAUUCAUAAUAAUAAUAAUAAUAAUAAUAAUAAUUGUUUUACAUAGAUUCAAGAGGAACCUAUAUACAAUUAGACUUUCCACAUAUGUCUGCUUUUAAAACCAAUCAGCUUUGACUCUUGAUACAGGUUUCAGAUUGUCUGCUGCAAUAUAAAAAGUCAAUUUAUUAGAUGUAGCUUUAAUGUAAAAUUUGAAUAGAAAUUGUUCGGUAUAAGCCUUUUAAUUUAUAAUUAUAAUGGUCUGUUCUCUUUUUCUCUAUGAUGUAAUGAGUUGCAUAUGUGAACGCUGCCCAGUCAUCAUUCUCGUACAGAGACCAUGCUGUUGAAAACUGUAAUGAGGGGAAUCAUGUAAUUGUGCCUUUGGUCAGGUCUGUGGUCAGCAUGUAUUUUGUGUCUGAAAUAAUGUUUUUGGUUUAAACAAGUGAAUGGAUGUACACUGGUAUUGUGUUUUUGCUCAAAUGAAAUACAUCUAUUUACACUCCCACAAAAAAAAAAAACUGUUCAAAGAAUAUGUUUUAAAAAGAAAGGAUCUCUGUAGUGUAUUGCCUUAAUUGGUGCAGUUUAUCGGCAUUUGCAAAUUCCAGUAUUCUGAUUUUCCUUACUUACUGUAAAUUUGUGGACAGACACAACUGUUGGGUGCAUUAUUGUAUAUCUAAUGGAACGCAUGCACUGAACAUAAACAAAACAACACAGUUUCAAGUACUAAUGAGCACUUUUACUAAACAAAUAAAAAUAAAAAAACAACAGUACAAACAGCAGAAGGGCAAAACAAAAGGUUCUACAAAACAUGCGAAAACGUAAACAUAGGACGGGACAUGCACCUCCACCUUUCACCAGCAUCAGUCCUAUUCUUCCUAACUAGCAUCUUUUUAUACACCUGUGGCAUGGAGCCUUAAUUAAUCAUUUAAUUAUUUAUUCAAUUCACGGCUCCAGCCA